AUGCUGGUUGAUGCUGGUGUUGCUGUCUCUUACAUAAGCAAUGUUCUUUUUUUGACAUCUUCAACAGCGACAGGAAGACAAGACGACGGGGCAGAGACGAGGCAGAAGACAGCAGCAAUUGAGCGGCCGGAAGGUAUUGGCCAUGAAGCAAAUAGGUCUGCAAGCUUCAAGGCGAGCUCAGGGCUCGCUCUGCCAGCUCUGCGCCUUUUCUACGUCCUCGAUUUCACGGAGGUUUACGGCCUUUUCACCGCGCGCAGUGGCCUCGAGGAAGAAGCCAUGCGAUAUAUUCAACGGCAGAAGACCGCUGCGGCACAGCCGGCGACCCACGACAAUUCGUCCGUUCGAGAUGUCAUAGCUGAGAGUGAUGCGAUAAUAUCGGGUACAACAAUACCCUCGGAGGAGUCAGUCAUUGAAAUCCUAAAGAAAAGCCAGGCCAUAGUUGAUGCAGUUCAAUCGGUUGAGGCAGCGGAAGUGCAGACAGACACCAAACCGAAGAAGGACGCUAUAUCCUCUCUUCUCAACCUAGAUGACGAAGAAGAGGCAGGGGCAGUGCGAAAGACGUCUCAGACACAAAAGAAGGAACCCCCAAUAUCUACGUCAGCUACCGCUAUAUCGAAUAAGUUAAACGAGUUGCUACAAGACCCGAAAGUGUUUAUAUCGCCAGAGAUACUGAAACUCUACACCUCGAUCCAAUGCCAGCUCAAAAAAGCAGACUAUAUACCCACCAUUUUCACCCUUUACGCUAAUAAGCCAUCCCCACGGUCAAGCGGUGGGACAAUAACAUAUAGCCCAUCCAACCCCAAAAGCCCACAAAAUGCAAUUCCUCCCACCAUUGCCAAUGAUGCUCUGGAAGUAGCCAUGGAACAACGAAACCUCUCACUGGCUCUCGCUAUCAUAGACACGGCAUUCUGCACGCCAGCAUUCUAUCGCUCGAAAAUCAUCCGACAAGCAUCGUUUCCGUUUUUAGGUGUAGUGGCUACACCACCAGCAGCAUGGGCAAUAGCAUCAUACCUUUCAACUCUCCAGAAUACCAUGGACGUGUCUACGGCCAGGGGGAUAGCCUUCUCCGCCAUUCUUGCAUACGUUACCUUUACCGCUUCUGUCGGGCUAGUUGCGGCAGCCACUUCAAACGACCAUAUGAGGAGAGUUGUGUGGAUUCCCGGUACUGCUUUACGAAGUCGUUGGCUACGGGAGGAGGAACGCCAGGCCUUGGAUCGAGUUGCACAGACUUGGGGUUUCAGUGAUCCGCUUAUGCGAGGCGAGGAAGUAGGAGAAGAAUGGGAGUCGCUGCGUGAAUUUAUUGGGAUGAGAGGGAUGAUUUUGGACAAGACAGAUCAUAUGGAGGGAAUGGAAUAG